AUGUCUAGUGUAUCCGCCAAUUUAUUUGAUUUUAUAAAUAAUCAAUUUGGAACAGGAGGAAAUAAUCAAAGAACAAAUCAAGGAGUUAGAAAUCCACAAGAAUAUGAACAAAUGAUGUUAAAUAAACAAUGUAAUAAAUAUUUAUGUCCAGAUACUGGUAUAUGUGUUGAAUCUCCAAAAUUUUGUCCAUGUCCUUAUCCUUCAUCUCAACUCAGAUGUUUUUUACCUGAUGGUAGAUAUAUAUGUAUUUCGAAACCUGCAGGUGAAGGAAUAAGUGAUAAAUAUGAUGAUAUUAAUAAUAAUUUCAAAAUUGAUGCUAAAGAUGAUAAUAUAAGAGAUUGUGGUUGGGUUAAUAGAGUUUGGAGAGGACUUGAAUAG